CUUGGCCAUUGCAUAGUAUGGUCGUCGUUACAACAGGUCUAGUGUGAUGUUAUUAGAGAUCUUGACGGACUACGGAUGUAGGUGUGUGUUAUAAAAGUAUUCCAGAACAUUCGGAUGAUUUAAUGUUCACAGUUUAUGUACUAUACAAAAGCGCAAUAAAAUCGAGUCCACAGCAAGAAUACUCCCGACAAUGACGGCUCACCACACAAUCUGCAGGCUGUCCCGGUCCCAAGUUCUACAACUCAUGUUUGGUGUGCUGCUAGUUAUCUGCUCAUCCAUUGUUUUAGUUGAGCGCUACAUCUCAUCAGAGGACGAACAACAACAAAGGAUUGCUUCCCUUGACGCUGAUCUGAACUUGCUGGAGAAAAACGUCCAGUUUUCCCAGUUCAAAUCUGGCCUGUUCGACAAUAAAACUGGCAAUGUGAGAUCGAGUGAGCUGUUUGGGUGUCUGUACCCGGAUGUUGACCCUUUCAAGGUCGAGAUUCUGGAGUUAUCCGGGCUGGAUAAGACCCCGAUUAAAUGUGAGGGGUUUAUGCCGGAUCUCACGUACAUCGAUAAGAAUCAGGUAGUCGUCAACAGUACAAAAAUACCAGGAGAUUUUAAAUCGUGUAAAUACCGAGAAAUUGUGAAACAUCCGACAAGCGAUAAAGACGUCAAGUUUGGAGACUGGAGUGAAGAGUUUAACAAAAGCCUCACGUUUUCUGAAAGUGUCGAGUUUUUGUUGGUGGAGUGCGAGAAUAAAAAUUCAAAAGUCAUCUCAAAAACAUAUCAUGCGUUAAUCCCACAACGCGAUGAAUUGUAUACAUUAAAACUGAAAAAACGCAGCAAAUUACUAGCGCCUGCGGAGACGCUGAAUAUUUUAAUGGUAGGCAUGGACGGGUUAUCCAGGCACCAGUUUAUUAGGUCAAUGAACCUGACGUAUUCGUUUCUACAACAAGAACUCAACUCGUUUGAUAUGGAAAUGUAUACGCAACUCGGGAAGAACACUUUCCCGAAUUACCUCCCCUUGCUGACCGGAUACAACAUCAGCGAGGUGGAGGAAUGGUGGGAGUGGUCUACCAAUACGGACGAGUUUGACCUAGUUUGGGGCGAUUUCCGGAAGGCGGGGUUCAGGACUUUAUACACAGAGGAUAUUCCCUCCAUCGGGGGUUUCCAUUACGAAAAACCCGGGUUUAAACUCCCGCCCACAACCUACUACAGCCGACCGGUUAGCAUGGCGAUGGAGAGGGAUAAAGAUUUACAGCGGCCUGGGUAUCACUGCGCUGGGAAUAUUCCUGAUAUCGUUUUUCAUUUAAACUACAUGGAGAAGUUCUUUGACACCUACCCCAACACGCCGAUCUACGCCAUGUCGUUUUUUACGAAACUAACCCACGACGAUAUGACAAAUUCCAAAAUGGCGGAUGCGCACAUGUUUAAUUUUUACAAAACUAUGAAGCAGAAAGGACAUCUUAACAACACAGUAGUCAUAACUUUCUCAGACCACGGACCACGUUGGGGCGCGAUUAGAUCGACCGUCAACGGCAUGGUGGAAAGCCGUUCGCCAUACGCCAUUUUUUCCUUUCCCAAAUGGUUUUUAGAAAAGUACCCGGAAAUCAGAACCAACUUGAAGACCAACACACAAAGGCUGACCACCCACUUCGACACGCAUGCCACACUGCAGGAUUUAAUCUACUUCCGGCCGAAAACCCCCAGCCCGCUAGCUCCAGGAAAACACGGCAUCAGCCUCUUCAAAGAGAUUCCAAUCAACCGGACGUGCGAGGACAUUCCGAUACCCCUCGAGUUCUGUCUCUGCGACCAAGUCAACAUUGAGACCGUCCCCCGCCAUGAUGAACUCUUCCGCGCCUUCGCAGAGGUCAUUGUGCUAAAAAUAAACUCCAAACGGAAUCAAAAUAUUUGCGAAAAAUUAAAACUUCAAAAAACUCUUCAGUUAUUGAGGAUACAAUUACCCAAACAAAAAGAAAAAGAUAAACAGUUAUUUAAGAUUCGGUUUCAAACUACCCCAGGGGAGGCGAUCUAUGAAGGAACAAUACAGACUCCCAAGGGAGAAAAUGAUAAAAUUAUUCAGCUUUUGAAUGAGACAAUUAGUUCUGGGAGAAGUUCCAGUGUCGUUGUAGGGGACUCUGUUGACAGAUUGAACUUUUAUAAGGGGCAGGCGGAUUGUGAGAAUGACGCGUCGAAAAAACCUUACUGUUACUGUAAAAAUUUAGUUUGAUUGUAGGUUAACUAAACCAGACUAAUUUUUGUGUGAACUAACCUAUUUAAACUUUAAAGGAUAUCGUUAUUUAGCGUUACAUGUCAUCAAAAACAAGCAACAACUGGUCGCCAUAGACGGUGUUCUGAAUUGAUGUUUCGUUUAACGGAAAAGGUGAAAUUUUGUUCGGUGACCAGAGUGUAAGGAACGUAUUUUUAGCGGACU